AUGGCAUCCAAUAUCCUACAGCUCCCGUUUCGUCGCUCCCAUAGCGUUUCGCUAUCGGAUGCGAUUACGCAAUACAUUUCCUCCAAAUAUGACCAGCGCCCGGACAUGUUUGCUGAUGAUCUACUGAUUAUUGAUCGUCUGAGAACCGAGGCUAUUAAUGUACAGGAGCCGCAUGUCAGUGGCAUUAGUCGACUGGUUACAUAUGCGGCGCAGUUGAAAUGGCUUGGUGGGAAGUUCCCGGUUGAUGUGGGAGUCGAUUUUGUGUGGUAUCCGGCAUUUGGGUUUAACACAUCGCGACCUGUAUCACAAAAUAACCUUCGCUUCGAACUCGCCAAUGUGCUUUUCAACCUCGCCGCUCUAUACUCCCAACUUGCAUAUGCAGGGAACCGGACAACCUCGGAUGGCCUCAAGCAAGCAUGCAAUUACUCCUGUCAAGCGGCUGGAGUCUUGAGUCACCUACGCAACGAUAUCCUUCCCGACCUUCGCACAUCUCCCCCGGAAGAUAUGGAUGAGAUGACAUUGAAGAGCUUGGAACAACUGUUGCUCGCCCAAGGCCAAGAGUGCUUCUGGCAGAAGGCUGUAAAGGAUGGACUGAAGGAUAUAUCAAUCGCACGACUCGCUGCACAGGUUUCCGACUUUUAUGGGGAUGCAGGGGACUUGGCCGUCAAUUCUAAUGCAAUCAGCACCGAAUGGAUCCACCAUAUGACCGCCAAAAACCAUCACUUUGCAGCCGCGGCACAAUUCCGACAAGCACUCGACUGCCUGGAUAAGCGCAAGUAUGGUGAAGAGGUGGCAAGAUUGCGCGAUGGUCUAGAUUGUGUUAAAGAAGGCUUGAAGGAAACGCAGUGGAUUAACCGGACUGUGCUGGGAGAUCUGAAUGGACUCAAGAGUCGUGUGGCCGAGGAUCUGAAGCGCGCGGAGAAGGACAAUGAUAUGAUUUAUCUCAAUCCUGUGCCUACAAAAUCCGAACUCAAGGCGAUUGACCGCGCUAGUAUGGUUGCUGCCAAGGCACCGACACAAGUCACAGACGCCAUAUCGAUGCUUGGAAACAAUGGCCCUCUUGGCCAGCCCCUUUUCGCGAGAUUGGUUCCUUAUGCCGUACACAUUGCGGCCAGCAUCUACUCCGACCGCCGAGAUCGGUUGAUCAAUGAAAGUCUGGUUGGAGAGUUGGAGUCUAUGACCGACAAGCUCCGGGAUCUCUUAUCUUCAUUGAAUUUGCCAGGUUCUUUGCAAGCCUUGGAGAAGCCACUUGGGCUUCCACCUGCGCUGGUCUCCCAUGCCGAGGAAAUGCGUCAGCAAGAUGGGCUGAACCGCCUGCGGCGAUCCGUCGAGGACACCGCAAGGGUCAAAGGCAAUGAUCUGACUAUCUACAAUGAAGGCGUUGCGUUGCUGGCCGCCGAAAAGGCCGAGGACGAUGCCGCAGUUCGCAAAUAUGGCACCGAUCGAUGGAACCGUGACACAUCAGAGAAAGCUGCCCCUAAGAUCUACAAUACCUCCAAAGAGAUCAACGGGUAUUUCACUUCUGCCCAGAGUAGCGAUUCCCUCGUCGACCAGAAGCUCCGGGACUCCGAGUCCGUGUUUCUCGUUCUCAUGGGAACUAACCGAGACCUCGAGUCUUACGUUCCAAGCAGCCGCAGGGCCACCAUCCCUCCAGAGUUGGAAAGGGAGUCUAUCAAACUACGGAGCUGUUUGAGUGAAGUGAGUAGGAUGGAAAACCGGCGGCGUCGACGAAUCCAGACACUGAAAGACAAGGGCCGCGCUGAUGAUAUCCACCCGGCCCUUCUGAAUGAGACUGCUCGGUUAGAACGCGAGUUCCCUAUGCAGACCAUCCAAGCAAGCCAGUUUGAAGACCUGUUUGAGAAGCACUUGCGCCACUAUGACUCCGAUCGGCAGAUGUUAGCUCAAGAACAAAAGGAACAGGAUCAGCUCGGAGAGGAGGUACGCGAGGCUAACCGGGCCUUCACCCGAGCUCACAAAGGUGAUACCUCCACCAAGGAGCGGGAGACUGCUCUGCAAGACCUAGAAAACGGAUACUUGAAGUACAAGGAGAUUAUUUCCAAUCUCGAAGUUGGGCGCAAGUUCUACAAUGACCUGGCCAAAAUUGUGAGCCGAUUCCGCGACGAUGCAAAGGCAUUUGUUCAUCAGCGACGGAUGGAGGCUAGUCAGCUGGAAGCUGACAUCUCCAACGUCACCGCCAUGUCGUCGCUACACAUUUCCCAGCCUCAUUUACGCCAACCUACUCAUCAGCCGGCUCAUACCCAUCACGCUCAAACAUAUGCGGCACCCCCGCCCUCCCAGCCACUCUCCCAACCACCUCCGCCGGUGCACGCACCUCGGCUCUCGGAACCUGUGGCGCCGCUGACGGCGCCUCAACCCCUGCGAGCAGCGGUUCCUCCCCCUUCUAUCCCCAUGCCGGGCAUGUGGUCCCCUGAUAUGGGGAUUCGAUUUGACACUGGCGGCGCACCGCCAAGGAUGGCUCCCAGUGGCGGAAGUGGUGCUGUUCCUGCACCAGCCGCUCGUGGGCAACCAGGCAUCUGGGAUCCGAGCCAAGGGCUCCGAUUUUCUUGA